AUCGUCUGUUCCUGCGGGAGAGCAUGCUCCCGAUACUCGAGCACCACAUGGCAUGGCACAUGAAUCUGACACCCAAUAUGCGCAGCGUUCUCGUCAACUGGGUCCAUGCUGUACACUCCAAACUCCGUUUGUGUGACGGGGUCUUUGAGAUGGCCAUCGCCACCAUCGAUCGCUAUCUGCAGCAGUGGGUCAAGGACAUAUCGCCCUCGGAUCUCAAUCUGAUGGGCUUCAGUGCCCUGGUCUUGGCCAGCAAGUACGAGAAUCCAAAGAUGACACACAUUCAAUGGUUUUUGAAGCACACGGACGCAGGCUUCACGGACGAAAUGAUUAGUGAGAUGGUGUUGCAAAUUUUGCUGGCAAUCAACUGUGAUCUAUCGCGUCCGGUGCCGAGCCAAUUUUUGAAGCGCUUGUGUAAUGCCACGGCGGACUUUGGUAUUAAAUGCCAAAAACUGGCGCAUUACUAUGUGCAACUGGCGUUGAUGGACGCCGAAUUGGCCAGCGUCAAGCCAUCGCAGAUAGCCGCUGCUGCGCUCUACAUCGCGCUCAACCUGUCCGACGGCACCCCCGACGGUGGCCUCGACGAAAGUCUCUGGACACGCCAGCUCGCCGAUUGCUCCCGUUACACGUCUCUCCAACUGAGAGCCACCGUCCUGCGCAUGGCUCAGCUGCCGCUCAAGGCCGAACAGGAGGAGCUGUUGUCCAUCCGCAAUAAAUUCUCGCGCCGCAAGUAUUAUUCUGUUUCGGUCGCUCCGGAGUUGAAGGGACCCCGUCUGGAAUCGAUCAUGAACAUUCCUGAGAAUGAACCGUCUUCAUUAUCUCAGCUGCCGCUCAAAGCCGAACAGGUGCCGAUGUCCAUCCGCCAGAAGUGCUCGCGCCGCAAGUAUAAUUCUGUUUUGGUGGCUCCGGAGUUGAAGGAACCCCGUCUGGAAUCGAUCGUGAACAUUCCUGAGAAAAUACCGCGUUCAAUCCGCUUUAAGCAGACAUUCUGCAACCUGAUGUAAUCCACACACUCCAUGAUGCAGCCAAGGAUGAACAACAAAAACCACAUUCUAGUCAAAUGCACCAAAGGGAAGAACGGAACACACACACACCUUCAUGCAUACACCACAGAUAUACACUGACACCGGAACACACAGACAACUGAUAAGCACUGAUAUCGAAUUAUCGCACUCUGAUCAUCGUUAAUUGUACAAUUUUUACACCUACCUACUAACAUUUACACAAAUAACAUGACAUCUAUCUACACAAAUGUA